CAAGCGUAAACCCAGAGAGAGAGAGAGAGAACUUCCACCAUAGUUCCAUCAGGAUGAUGAUCGGAGAUCAUUCUCCCCGUUCAAAUCCAACCGUCCAAGUACCUCCCUGGGAUUUCUUAGAUGACCAUCGCACGGCUAAUAUUCACUCACCAUAUUCCAUUUCCCUUAACGGCGGUAAUGCUAGCAGUUUCGAACUUGCCUUGGAUAACUUGACGGCGCUACAGCGAUAUCUGCCGUCGAACACAGGCUCCGACGACGUCGUCUCGGAUACCGAUGACUUGGAUAUACCUGUGGACGCGUUCUCAUGCGAUCAGUUCCGCAUGUUCGAGUUUAAGGUCCGCAGGUGCGCACGUGCCAGGUCACAUGACUGGACUGAGUGUCCGUAUGCUCAUCCGGGCGAGAAGGCUCGCCGGAGGGACCCGCGCAAGUAUCAUUAUUCCGGUAGCGCUUGUCCGGACUUCAGGAAAGGCGCGUGUAAGAAGGGCGACUCCUGCGAGUUCGCUCACGGCGUAUUCGAGUGCUGGCUCCACCCUGCUCGCUAUCGUACGCAGCCCUGUAAAGAUGGGACCCAGUGUCGCCGGAGGGUCUGUUUCUUUGCUCAUACUCCUGAUCAGCUGCGCGUCCUUCCUCAGACCGAGUGCUAUGACGGAUCUCCUAGUCGACUCGGAUGCAACUCGCCGGGUCGACAUGCUUAUGAUUCUGGUGUCUCGCCCCUGAACGCGAAAAAUGGCGCGUUUGGGUCGUCUCCCACUUCGGUUCUGUCCUCCCCGCCUUCUUCCCCGGCUUCCGAGUCCCCGCCCAUGUCGCCUAGCGGAGCGGUGAGUUUGAACUCAGUGAGUGGACUGGCUCAGUCAAUGCGUAACCUGCAGAUUGGUAACACGAGGAUGACUGCUGGGUCUCCUCCAUGGGGGAUUCAAGUGGGUGGUGGGUUUUGUUCGCCUCGGAGCCCCUCCACUUUAAGGCCCGGGUUCACGAGCCUGCCCGCUACUCCGACCCCGGCCCCGGCCCCGGCCCGAACUCGGUCCGGACUCGGUGCGUUUGAUCUGUGGGACAAGGCAUGCCAAGAGGAGCCGGCGAUGGAGCGGGUUGAAUCCGGUCGGGACCUUCGUGCAAAGAUCUAUGCAAAACUGAGCAAGGAGAACUCCCUCGAGUCAGCCACCCCGGUUCCUGAUUUCGGGUGGAUUUCCGAACUCGUGAAAUGAUCCUGGUCGUGCUUUGAUUGAAUUCUUUUUUGAUGUGUCAGAUACCGGGUUAAAUCGGGUCGGCGGCCUUGUGAGUACGUGGAUGCAAGUUGAAAGUUGUGUAAAUAAAGCUUUAAAUUUUUGAAUGGUGGAGGGAUUUAAGUGUUUAAAUCGCCAUUUUGUGGGAGAUUAAAUUUGGAAGAGCAGGGAGAUAAAAAAAAUGUAGUUUGUAUAUUUUGUAUAUUCGAUUUUAGUACGAUUUUAGGGCUGCCGAUGUAUAUUUCAUAUUCAUGUUCUUAACCACGUUUGACUCUGUAUUGCCUUUCGAAUUUCAAGAGGUUAAUCUCUCUUAGAAAAUGUCACCUACCUGGUAUUUCAGUGGUUAGUAUAUUUGGGAGGUUUUUAAUUGUGA